UAAACAACCCAACAUUUUUUCGAGUGAGGAUAAAAGGACAACUCUCCGAUUCCCUGUAGCGACCAAUCCGAGCGCUGUUGUCAGUAGCCUACAGUUUUUCCCGGGUCCAUGUUGAAGUUCAUAAUCAGACUUUCUCGCACAGUCGCUUCGUUGGGUCAUUUCAGGGCACGCGUUGCAUCGGUUCGAACCCGCUCGUCCAGUUUGGUGGUACGAAGAACACCGGCGACUACAGCACACAAUCGCGUGCACUCAGUUGGAGAGGAACGCACCGGAAGAGCGUCGGAAAAUAAUAUUUCUAUUUGACGAGCAGCGUAUGUGGCCCUGCUCCCCAACGCCAGGUGAAAUACCCAGGGACGCCAACCCCUCCUCCACCACACCAACCACACCUUUCCUCACACCCUUUUUCUUCUUUGGGGCGAUCAGCCACACUCUCCCGGGCACCACGACCCCGCCUGGUCUGCUCUCCCAAACCGGAGCUACAACCGGCCACUCCCUCACUACCAGUUGGACACUGUCCGGCAGCCACGAGGAGCUUCCUCUGCCUGUCCGUGAGUCCUGUGCGGACACGCAACUUCCCAGCAUGAGAAAGAGAGAGAGAGAGAGUGAGGCGUCAUACAGUCAUAAAGACAGAGGUCACGGUGAAAUAGAGGGCUCUGUCUCGGGGGGCUUGGCAGCUCCUCAGACCAGCCGGCCUGGAGAGAGUGAGACACCUCGGCUUCCUCCCUCCCUCCCCCCCCCUGCCAGUGUAAGCCGACUCGUCACAGUGGGGGAUCGGGUCACAGACCACAGCCAAGCCAGGUAAGCAGCGGGCAGUGGAGGGUAUGAGAAGGAUGUCUAGGCCCUGAAGCCCUGCAGCAUGUCAGACCAAGGAGACAAAUGCACCACCCCCCGCUGGAAACAUGAGGCCAUGCAAAAUGGGUACAUUCCCAGCUACCUGGACAAGGACGAGUUAUGUGUAGUAUGUGGGGACAAGGCUACAGGCUAUCACUAUCGCUGUAUCACCUGUGAAGGUUGCAAGGGUUUCUUCCGGCGUACAAUCCAGAAAAACCUAAAUCCGACAUAUGCGUGUAAGUACGGGGCGAAGUGCAUCAUCGACAAGGUAACCAGGAAUCAGUGCCAGGAAUGUCGCUUCAAGAAGUGCAUCGCUGUCGGCAUGGCAACAGACCUGGUGCUGGAUGACAGCAAGCGGCUGGCCAAGCGGAAGUUGAUUGAGGAGAAUCGUGAGCGGCGGCGGAAGGAGGAGCUCCAGAAGACGGUGUGGGAUCGUCCCGAACCGACCCAGGAGCAGUGGGACCUGAUCCGCAUGGUCACCGAGGCCCACAUGGCCACCAACGCCCAGGGCAACCACUGGAAACAGAAACGUAAAUUCUUGGUCGAGGAAGCAAUGCUACUUAAUGAAAUAACAUGUAAUUUAUUCUAUACUUCUGACCAGAGUGCAGUGGGGGUGAAGGAUACCAAGCCUGAGGACAUUGGUCAAGCACCCGUCGUAAAUGCACCUGAUGGAAGCAAAGUGGAUAUAGAAGCCUUCAGUCAGUUUACUAAAAUUAUCACCCCGGCCAUUACCAGAGUGGUGGACUUUGCCAAAAAGCUGCCUAUGUUCUGUGAGCUGCCUUGUGAAGACCAGAUUAUCCUACUGAAAGGUUGCUGCAUGGAGAUCAUGUCCUUAAGAGCAGCCGUUCGUUAUGACCCCGAGAGCGAGACGUUGACCCUUAACGGGGAGAUGGCCGUGACUCGCGGCCAGCUGAAAAAUGGAGGUCUGGGUGUGGUGUCGGACGCCAUCUUUGAUUUGGGCGUGUCGCUGUCAUCGUUCCACCUGGAUGACUCUGAGGUCGCUCUGCUACAGGCCGUCAUCCUCCUGUCUUCUGAUCGUCCCGGGUUGACCAGUGUCGAGCGCAUCGAGCGUUGUCAGGAGGAGUUCCUUCUGGCAUUUGAACAUUACAUCAACUACCGCAAACACAAGGUGGCGCAAUUCUGGCCCAAGCUGCUGAUGAAAGUGACAGACCUGCGUAUGAUUGGGGCGUGCCACGCCUCUCGCUUCCUGCAUAUGAAGGUGGAGUGCCCCAACGAACUCUUCCCCCCACUCUUCCUGGAGGUCUUUGAAGACUGACAGACGGACAAAAGGACGGACUGACACACACACCCUGCGGAGGUGUGCUUGUGUGCGUGCGUGGGCGUCUGGCGGGGCUACCACAGUUGGCCUCAGUACAGUUCUAGACGUCUUGGGACACAUUAAAACUCUUGUUAGCACUACUGAGUCUUCAUUCCAUAGCUUAGCUUUUGAGUUGCCCAGCUUCUCGGCCUAGUUCCUAUGGAUAGAACCUUCCCUUAUGAUGCGGGUACAUGGGAAUAGCAUUUCUCAGUUACUUCUUUCUAGUUUUUUUUGUGUUAAUUGUACAGUCAGUCAGAGCACUCACUCAGUCAGUCGUAUGAACCGUGCAAUGUGUAGUGUUUCAUUCUAGUUCCUUUUCAUUUUAAGAGCUGAGUCUACCAACCCUAAGAAGGACAGUGCUGUAGAAGAUGGUGACGGACAGCAGAAGCCAGUUAAACUGUAUUAGUCCCCUUCUUUUUGGGAUUCUUGUGCUACAAAAAUUCCCUGGUCAGGGGAGUUGUGGUAACUUCCACAGAGCAUCCC